AGCACCCCGCUGGAGCGGUCGCCGCCGGGCAGCGCCGUCUUCGACGAAGAGAGCCCCCGCGGGAAGCGGAGCCCCGGCUGGGAGCUGCCCUUCCUGGCGCGCAGCCCCUCGGCCUCGGCGCUGAGCGGCCCCGCCGGCCCCGCCAACAGCAUCUUCUCCUCGCCCCGGCGCUGGCUGCAGCAGAGGAAGGGGCAGCCCUCGCCGCCCGGGCCUCGCCCCGCCGCCUACGUCGUGUGGAAAUCCGAGGGUGAUUUCACUUGGAACAGCAUGUCAGGGCGCAGCGUUCGGCUGAAGUCAGUUCCUGUCCAAAGCCUCUCGGAGCUGGAGCGUGCUCGGCUGCAGGAAGUGGCUUUUUAUCAGUUGCAGCAGGACUGUGACCUGGGCUGUCAGAUUACUAUCCCCAAAGAUGGACAAAAGAGGAAGAAAUCAUUAAGAAAGAAACUGGACUCAUUAGGAAAGGAGAAGAACAGAGACAAAGAAUUUAUUCCCCAGGCUUUUGGAAUGCCCUUGUCCCAAGUGAUUGCCAAUGACCGGGCCUACAAGCUCAAGCAAGACUCUCAGAGAGAAGAGCAAAAAGAUAUUUCAGAUUUUGUGGCCUUUCUCUUGCCGUUUGGAACUAAAAGGCAGAACAAAGAACUUUCAAGCAGUAACUCAUCUCUUAGCUCAACUUCAGAAACACCAAACGAAUCCACAUCUCCUAACACACCCGAGCCAGUGCCACAAGCAAGGAGACGUGGUGCGAUGUCUGUGGACUCUAUCACAGAUCUUGAUGACAAUCAGUCACGAUUGUUAGAGGCUCUCCAGCUCUCUUUGCCAGCCGAAGCCCAGAGCAAGAAAGAAAAGGCAAGAGAUAAGAAACUAAGCCUGAACCCUAUUUACAGGCAGGUUCCUCGGCUUGUAGAUAGCUGCUGUCAGCACUUGGAAAAGCAUGGUCUCCAGACAGUAGGAAUAUUCAGAGUUGGAAGCUCAAAAAAGAGAGUAAGACAGUUACGGGAAGAGUUUGACCGGGGCAUAGAUGUUGUAUUAGACGAAGAGCACAGCAUUCAUGAUGUUGCUGCUUUAUUAAAGGAAUUUCUGCGUGACAUGCCUGACCCUCUGCUCACCAGGGAACUUUAUACACCUUUCAUCAAUACACUCUUAUUAGAGCCAGAUGAACAGCUCAGCACCUUACAGCUUCUCAUUUAUCUUCUACCUCCCUGUAACUGCGAUACCCUACACCGGCUACUCCAGUUCCUCUCCACAGUGGCUGGCCAUGCAGAAGACACCACAGACAAAGAUGGCCAAGAGAUUACUGGGAACAAAAUGACAUCACUUAACCUGGCUACCAUCUUUGGCCCUAACUUGUUGCACAAGCAGAAAUCUACAGACAAAGAAUUCUCGGUUCAGAGCUCAGCUCGAGCUGAAGAGAGUACUGCUAUAAUAGCUGUUGUACAAAAGAUGAUUGAAAACUAUGAAGCCCUUUUCAUGGUUUCCCCUGACCUACAGAAUGAAGUGCUUAUUAGCCUAUUAGAGACUGACCCAGAUGUUGUGGACUACUUGUUGAGGAGGAAAGCUUCCCAGUCAUCGAGCCCCGAAAUGCUGCGGUCAGAAGGUUCCUAUUCCACAGGAGGAAGACAUUCUUCCACAGACUCCAACAAAGCUUCCAGUGGAGAUGUCUCCCCUUAUGACAACAACUCCCCAGUACUGUCUGAGCGCUCGCUGAUGGCAAUGCAAGAAGAAGCUGCCCGCAGCCCAGAUAAGCUGUACAAGGUACCUGAACAGUACACACUGGUUGGACAUUUGCAGUCCAAGACAAAGGAAAAUUCUGCUGCAUCACAGGCUGGAAAAGAUAUUGUCGAAGAUCAUUUUGAUAUCUGGGGUACGUGGCAUUCAACACUGAAAAGUGGCUGCAAAGAUCCAGCAAUGACAGGUUCUUACGGGAACAUUUAUGAAAGCAGCUUGCUGAGACCUGGACAGUGCUCUCUUUCCCACGGGAACCUCGCUGCGUAUUCUCCCCGGUGGCAGGGCAGCUCCUCAGAACUGGACACUGGCAGGCAGGUCAUGCGAAGGAGCCAGACAACUGCUGCCAUUCCCGAGUGUCAGCUCCAUCCCACGGUGUCUCGGGUGUGCAGCAACCCCCAAAUGGAAGUUGUCAGUAGGAGUACAGACCUGUCACACUCCAAGUCGGAGCGGCACUUGACUUUAAGCAGCGUUGAGGACCUCACCGAGCCUGGCUUCAAUGCCAGCUGUUGGCAAAGCGCGGCCAAACCCUCCUACAGAAAAGAGAGGCCACCACCCCCAUACCCAGGCCCAGCAAAAACGAGCUCCGCGUCGCUGCAGCGUUCGAGUGUUUCUUCAACCUUGCACUCUUUGUGGAGAUUUCAACGCCAUGAAAAAAGUUCAGGGACUAGAACAGCUGGAGGACCAAGAGCCAAGGUCCCCGACCGGGCCACCUCUGGAGAGGAGCGGCCAUCCCCACACGGGCAAGUGCCUCACGUCUACGCCACAGCUCCUCACACUCAGAACAGUACCAGUGUUUCAGAGGUAGACUGGCACGAGAGGCAAAGGGAGAGGUGGCAAAUUUGGGAGUUGUUAUCAGCUGAUAACCCUGAUGCUCUCCCAGAAACCCUGGUAUGAUCAGACUCUGCAGAACUCCCACCCAUACCCAUGCCUCCCUCUCAUAGGAAAACAACUGUGACAGUGGGGGGGCUUUUUUGUUUUGUACCGACUGAAUUGCGUAUACUCUUUUGUAAACUUUCUUCACUUUAAUUUCUUAACAGCACUGUCAAGCGGUCCAUUUACAAGUACAGUACGUUCCUGGUUUUCAGCAAGCUUUUGAGAAAAAAAACAAGGUGAAAAUUUUAGUCUAAUAACUCUGUAUGCAUACGCUGUGUAUAAG